AUGGCCACCGACGGUGAGAAGACACCGGAGAAAUCCGAGACACUCAACAAUUCCGCUGCCAACAAGUUCGAUGAUCCGAACAAUCCUUUGUACCUCCAUCACUCGGAUCAACCAGGAUUGGUCCUUGUUACACAGCUCUUAACUCAGAACAAUUACCCUAUCUGGAGCCAUGCCAUGCUCAUGGCUCUCACCACCAAGAACAAAGACGGGUUUGUCAAUGGUGUUAUCACAAAACCUCUUUCUGGAACAGCAGAAGCAGUCCGACAGUGGACUCGUUGUAAUCUACUCGUCAAAGGAUGGAUUCUCAACACAAUUUCCCCGGCCAUUGCAGAAAGUGUCAUGUACAAUGACACCGCUUUAGCACUUUGGAAUGAGCUUCAAGAGCGAUUCUCUCAAAACAACAGUGUGGAUCUCUUUCAUAUUGAACAAGAAAUUCAUGACUGUGUCCAAGGUGGCACAAAUAUUGGUGAAUACUACACCAAGCUAAAAACUCUAUGGGAUAAGCGAGAUGCAUUAAGCCCUCUUCCACCUUGCACUGGUGACACAGCAAAGGCGCUAUUCCAAUAUCAACAAACGCAGCGCACCAUAAAGUUCCUCAUGGGACUUAAUGAAGUUUAUGCCCCGGCUCGCGGAUAA